AUGAACCACCGUGAUUCUGUCGAAAAUUUUCUUGACGAACCAUCUGCAAGGGCCAGAAGAAGAAAUUACAAAAGUAAAGUGUAUUACCACAUGGAAGAGGAAUACAUCAAGAGUGCAGAUGAAAUGUCUGAAGAUGAGUUCGAAAACAUGGACUGCAAAACUUAUGGUGUACGGAGCAGAUAUGCAUCUGGAUGUCAACACUUUAUAUCAAGAAAAUCGAAAAGGCAUAGAAAUACAAGGGCAGAAAAUGAAUAUUCCAUAGAAAGUGCAGAUACCAGCUCUGACAUUCUUGAUUUUUCCGAAGAAACUGUAUUUAAGUUUCUUGUGAAAAGAACGGGAGGGAUAUCAAGUCUAUCAAAAUUCAGGGAAGAAAACCUUCAUUUACCAGGAGACUUUACUGAAUGGCUGUUGAAAUGCAAUGAGAAACUAAUUGUUUACAAAAGAGAGGAAAAGCCUAAGUGCAUCGGUCCCUUUUAUAAAAAUGCAACUUUCUGCUUCAACCACAGUGGGAUCGGAAAAGAAAAAGAAUGUAGUCGCGUAAAUUGCUGUCAUUUUCACAUUUGUAAAUUCUAUCUAAAUGGAUUCUGUAAGAAUGGUUACAGAUGUAGGAAAGAGCACGACUUCACAAACGAACAUAAUAAAAAGAUAAAGGAAAAACUUGGACUCGAAGAUUUUAAUGACGAAGAAAUCAUAGUAAUACUUUUAUGCCGGUACCCUCAGGUUUGCCGCGCACGAUCAUGUAUGGCAGGAGAAGAUUGUCCAUAUCUUCACAUCUGUUACAAUUUUAUAUCAAAUAGAUGUGAAGAUCCUGAGUGCGAAAGAGGACACUCAUUCGAGACGCCGCAUAAUAGAUGGGUUCUUUCCGUGUACAAAAUGGAAAGGUGGCCAAGGGAAAAGUUAUACUUGCUCAAGUUGUUGAUAAAUAUGCCACGGCGACAACUCAGCGUUACGUAUCUUUGUCAAACUCCAUCAACACAUCCAACGUUUGGAUAUAAUAAUUCCAAUAUCAUUUUAAAAAAAAAUGUUCAUAUUAUUUUCAUUUUAGAAAAAGACCACUCGGAAUCCAGAAGCAUACUUGAUGCGGAUGCUCAUAAACAAAACAUCUGUUUGAAUGGUUUGACAGGAAGUUGUCAAGAGAGAGAUUGUAACAAGCACCACACACGACUACCCUACCUCUGGCAGAUCCAUGUGUUUGGAGAUUGGAUAAGCUUUCAUGACGACGGAAAUCAAAAACUUGAACAAAGUUACAGUAGUAUGGAAGACAUUGCUACUGAAGAGGUGUAUUUUGAAAUUAAACUAAAGAGAAUCACUCUUAACUUCAGAAAGGAAUAUGGUGUUAUUGACAUGGCUGGAAACUCUGUCAAUAUAUCAUACCGGCGACUCACUACAGCAUCAUAUGCCGAAGAAAACAUUCCACUUAAAAUAGGUUCCUUUUACACACAAUGGAGGUGGUAUUUUAAAAAUGACUUUGGACAGUGGAUGCAGUACGAAACGGACACUUUACAACAUACACUAGAGAAGAAAUUUUUAUCAGGGCAGAAAAGCUAUCUAUUCACCAGGGAGAGUCACAGAUUAAAGUACAGAGUGGAGUUUACAGAGUGGAAGCAAAUAAAUAUUGACACUAAGAAGGUUCGCAAGAUUCGAAGAAGACCCUUAUUUGUGUCUUUAGCUGAAGUACAGUCAAGACGAUUUCCAAAAUUAUUGGAUGUUGCCAUUCCUGAACCCUAUCCUGCUGGAUGGGAUUCGUUAGACCUAGCACAUGACUUUGAAUGGGUCGAUUUAGAGAAAACAGGCAGAGAAUUUAACAGUGUCGAGACUGAAUUCUAUACAACACUCAGAAAGGGGAAGUUUCAAAUAAGCAACAUCUAUCGUAUUCAGAAUUUAAGCCUGUGGAAUGAAUACAAAAUGAAGAGAGCAAAUAUGGAAAAAACUCAAUCGAGAAAAAGUGGAAGAAUUGAUGAGAGAAGUCUCUUUCAUGGUACCGAUUCUUUUGACACUUGUUACGGUAUCUGUACCAACAAUUUUGAUUUCCGUUUGAGCGGAAAAAAUGCAACAGCUUAUGGAAAAGGUUCUUACUUUGCAGUUUCAGCAAAGUACAGCAACAAUUACACAAAAGGUUCUGUUCGUUUAAUGUUUAAAGCAAAAGUUUUGAUCGGAGACUACGUAAAGGGAAAACAUGACAUAACGUGCCCACCAAUCAUUCCUGGCAAAGGCCACAAAAGAUAUGAUUCCUGUGUGGAUGACGUCACAAAUCCUUCAAUAUUUGUUGUUUUUGACAGAAACCAAUGCUACCCCGAGUACCUUAUUGCAUAUAAGGAAAUUCCCGAAGAAAAUUCAGUAGAUUGGCCAAUAUUUGCGAGCAACAAACAAGCAAAUACCUCGAGUUUCACCAGAGUAAAUAAAUUGGUCCCGGCAACCACCUCAGGGCAUAGCAGAGGUGUUCAAGUUCCAUCCGCUGGCAUCAAGACUACAAGUAGCAUUCAUUUUGGUGGUGUGUCGAAAGUUCCUGCAAGUUCACAAGCAUAUGGUGGAUUCUCGUCAUCUGCUUUGCCAUCCUCUGUUGGGAGAUCAAAUCCUACCAGUGACCAAACGAGCUCAACCACUUCUCAAAAAUACAGUUCCACACAUUCUUCUUUGAUGAAUUCAAGUUCAAGUAAAUCAAGGUUUGUGAGUAACAAUCAAGCAAAUACUUCAAAUGUCACCAAGGAAAACAUAUCAAUGCCAGCAACCAUCUCAGAGAAUAUCAGUAAUGUUCGAGGUCAAUCUGCCGCUAUUCAGACCGCAAGUAGUAGUCCUUCCAGUGACGUGACAAAACAUUCUUCUUUGAUAAAUCCAAGUUCUCCGGUUCACACCAACUUCUCCAAAGUUUCUUCUGAUAGCGAUAAAGUUUACAACAAUCACCCAACUUCUUCAAAACAGACGCCUUUGUAA